CACCCCGGCCCUGCUUCCUAGACCUCACCCCGGCCUGGCCCUGCUGCCUAGACCUCACCCCGGCCCUGCUGCCUAGACCUCACCCCGGCCCUGCUGCCUAGACCUCACCCCGGCCCUGCUUCCUAGACCUCACCCCGGCCCUGCUUCCUAGACCUCACCCCGGCCCUGCUUCCUAGACCUCACCCCGGCCCUGCUUCCUAGACCUCACCCCGGCCCGGCCCUGCUUCCUAGACCUCACCCCGGCCCUGCUGCCUAGACCUCACCCCGGCCCUGCUUCCUAGACCUCACCCCGGCCCUGCUUCCUAGACCUCACCCCGGCCCUGCUGCCUAGACCUCACCCCGGCCUGGCCCUGCUUCCUAGACCUCACCCCGGCCCGGCCCUGCUUCCUAGACCUCACCCCGGCCCGGCCCUGCUUCCUAGACCUCACCCCGGCCCUGCUUCCUAGACCUCACCCCGGCCCUGCUGCCUAGACCUCACCCUGGUCUGGCCCUGCUUCCUAGACCUCACCCCGGCCCGGCCCUGCUUCCUAGACCUCACCCCGGCCCUGCUUCCUAGACCUCACCCCGGCCCUGCUGCCUAGACCUCACCCCGGUCUGGCCCUGCUGCCUAGACCUCACCCCGGCCCUGCUGCCUAGACCUCACCCCGGCCCUGCUUCCUAGACCUCACCCCGGCCCUGCUUCCUAGACCUCACCCCGGCCCUGCUUCCUAGACCUCACCCCGGCCUGGCCCUGCUUCCUAGACCUCACCCCGGCCUGGCCCUGCUGCCUAGACCUCACCCUGGUCUGGCCCUGCUUCCUAGACCUCACCCCGGCCCUGCUGCCUAGACCUCACCCCGGCCCUGCUUCCUAGACCUCACCCCGGCCUGGCCCUGCUGCCUAGACCUCACCCCGGCCCUGCUUCCUAGACCUCACCCCGGCCCUGCUGCCUAGACCUCACCCCGGCCCUGCUUCCUAGACCUCACCCUGGUCUGGCCCUGCUGCCUAGACCUCACCCCGGCCCUGCUGCCUAGACCUCACCCCGGCCCUGCUGCCUAGACCUCACCCCGCCCUGCUUCCUAGACCUCACCCCGGCCCUGCUUCCUAGACCUCACCCCGGCCCGGCCCUGCUUCCUAGACCUCACCCUGGCCCUGCUUCCUAGACCUCACCCCGGCCCGGCCCUGCUUCCUAGACCUCACCCCGGCCCUGCUUCCUAGACCUCACCCCGGCCCGGCCCUGCUUCCUAGACCUCACCCCGGCCCUGCUUCCUAGACCUCACCCCGGCCCUGCUUCCUAGACCUCACCCCGGCCUGGCCCUGCUGCCUAGACCUCACCCCGGCCCUGCUGCCUAGACCUCACCCCGGCCCUGCUUCCUAGACCUCACCCCGGCCCUGCUCUGCUGCCUAGACCUCACCCCGGCCCGGCCCUGCUUCCUAGACCUCACCCCGGCCCGGCCCUGCUCGUGGUUCUGCUGUAUGGCUGAUCUGCCCCCCUGCAGUAGGAGCAGUAUGGAGGAAUGGCAGGAGAAACGAGGCCUGCAGACAAUGAACCUGCGGUCUGUGUUCACACUGGAGCAGCAGCGAGUCCUAGAUAGCUACUAUGACAACGGGAUGACCAAUCAGAGCAAGAGCUGCUUCCAGCUGAUCCUUCAGUGUGCUCAGGAGACCAAGCUGGACUUCAGCGUGGUGCGGACCUGGGUGGGCAACAAGAGACGGAAGCAGACCUCCAGGGCCGACCAGAACACAGGCGUGUCCCACUCCUUUUCCUUCGGCCUUUCUCUGGGAGCUCUGUCCAACCACAUGCUAACGGGCGGGGCUCUAGUGGCGGGCGCAAUGCUGACAGGGGCGAUGGCGGCAGCUCAGAAUAUCCAGAGAGGCCCCUCCCACCUUCUCCCUCCAUCCUCCUCCUCUUCCUCCUCUUCUUCCUCCUCUCCUCUCAGCUCUGUCAACAACAACAACGAUGUCAUCCUGACAGGGAUUUACUCUCUAGGCUCCGCCUCUAGUUCCCGGCCCACUGUUAAGCCCCUCCCCUGUCACUCUGACCCUGAGCUCCCUGCACAUGUCCAUCAAACUCUGCUCAACCAAUCACAGCACAGGAGGAAUAGUUCUGCCUCCUCCCCCCUCCAGCUCCACUCUAGAUCGGGUACCAUGUCACUUCCUCGCUGUAAACCCCUCUCCCUCUCCUCUUCCCCCUCCUUCUCCUCACCCCCCAUCCACAGCCUGUCCAAGGGGUGUGGUUUCACCACUGGGGGGGCAGUAGGAAGGGCUGGGUCAGGAGGGGCGGUACCUCGGAGCUGGGCUAGACAGUAUGAUUCUCUCCAGUCUGGCCCCUGCCCCUCCCAGCUCCAGCCCAGGCCUCACUCCAACCCCCAGACUCCCCAACCUCAACCCCCAAGGCCCCAUCUCUCCAACCCUCCCCCUUCAGACAACUCCCCCCGCCUUCAUCAGGUCUUCAGCCUAUUAGAGAGGGGGGAGGGGGAGGGACUAGGACAAGGACAGCUUUCUGAUAGCAGCAGGCAAGAGAGACACAGACAGUCUACCCGCCCCUUGGACGCUAGUGGCUGCCUCUCUAUCGCCAUGGAGACGGGUGAUGAAGAGGAUGAGUGGCAGAGGGAGGAAGAGUUAUCCAACAUGGCUGCUAUGGCCCACUUGGACCUCCAGAGAGGCCAGGGGGGGAGGGACAGCCCCAGCAGGGGAGAAGGAUCUAGGGGUAGAGACCCCACAUCCCCCUCCCUGGUCCUCAGCAGCUCCAGGCCUGGCCCCUACCCUCGGGACAGUUACCCAGUUACUACAGCACUACAGACCUCCCCUAGUAUACAGGUUCCAGUCAGUCCCGCUGCUCCGUGGCUCAUCAAUAACUCCAGGAAGAGAACUCUACAGGACAGGACCCAGUUCAGUGAUGUGGACCUGGGCCAGUUGAAGCGGUACUGGGACCGAGGGAUGACCAGUCUGGGUUCUGUCUGCAGAGAGAAGAUCAACGCAGCAGCCAAUCAGCUCAACGUAGACACUGAGAUAGUCAAGACGUGGAUCGGGAACCGGAGGAGGAAGUACCGUCUGAUGGGCAGAAAGAUACCGCCCCCUAAAGGUGGGCCGACCUUGUUCCUGACAUCACAGGAAGGGGAGGAUUCUCCCUCUGCGCUGAGUUCCGAUGGGGAGGGGCUUGGAACGCCCGAGCUGGGAGACAACCUAAACGAUGGAGCGUCCUUCUGUCUGUCCGAGGAUGGGACCAGUCAGUCGGACCAGAGAGAAGAAGAGAACGGAGUAGAGGAGGAGAGCAGCAGCGCCCCCAAGGCUCACAGUGUGAAGAUAGAGGUGAUUGAUGAUGAUGAUGAUGGUGUUGAGACGGUCGGAUCUGAUAUGGAUAACAUGCAUAAUCUCCUGGAGUUUAAGCUUGAGGAGGUGCAGUAUCUGGAGAGCCAACUAGAGAAUCAGAAUCAGAGAUAUUAUGAGUUGGAGACCUUCACCAAGAGUCUUCUGACCGCUGUACGGACCAACAACCUGGACAGACAACAGGAGCUCCUAGCCAGUCUACCUCAGCCUGCAGAUCAGGACUGGGAAAUGAGUCCAGAGGGAGGAGCCAACUCCAUCUCCAUAACAACACACUCUGCAGACAAUUCCGAUUCCGACGAGACACCAUUGGUCAACCCCAACAAGGACCUCCCAGUGGACACUCUAAACGAAGACGGUUGGUUGAUUGCUGAGCUCAACGGGUUGCCUGUAUCAGAGGAUCUAGAGACUGAGACCGGACCAGAGUGACUGUACUGACACACACAGUCGCUGUGCCUGUGGAAGGAUCCUCAACUAGCUGGGCUCACAAUGCCUUUUAUAUUACUGGUCUCGUUUCAGACACAACAAUAAACAGACUCCAUAAUAACUGA